AUGAGUGUGGAACUUCGUGUGGGUAAUCGCUACCGGAUUGGCCAGAAGAUUGGCUCUGGCUCUUUCGGCGAGAUCUUUCGGGGCACAAAUAUUCAGACUGGGGAACCUGUGGCCAUUAAGCUUGAGCAGGUAAAGACACGCCAUCCGCAGCUCGCCUUCGAGGCCAGGUUCUACCGCAUUCUCAACGCCGGUGGCGGUGUCGUUGGCAUUCCCAAUGUUCUGUACCACGGUGUGGAGGGUGAGUUCAACGUCAUGGUGAUUGACCUGCUGGGACCCUCAUUGGAAGAUCUCUUCAGUUUCUGCAGUAGAAGAUUCUCGGUGAAGACAACACUAAUGCUGGCAGAACAGAUGAUUGCGCGAAUUGAAUUCGUUCACAGCAAGAGUGUUAUCCACCGUGAUAUCAAACCCGAUAACUUCCUUAUGGGCACUGGGAAGAAGGGUCAUCAUGUUUAUAUCAUCGACUUUGGUCUUGCCAAGAGAUACCGUGACCCUCGCACACACCAGCACAUCCCGUACAGAGAGGGAAAGAGUCUUACGGGGACGGCGCGGUACUGUUCUAUCAACACGCAUAUCGGGAUUGAGCAGAGCCGUCGCGACGACCUUGAGGCCAUUGGUUAUAUUCUGGUGUAUUUCCUGCGAGGCUCAUUGCCGUGGCAGGGUCUGAAGGCACAUACUAAACAGGAGAAGUAUUCACGUAUUUCGGAUAGAAAGCAGAGUACGUCAGUAGAGAGCCUUUGCAGGGGUCUCCCAGCAGAGUUUGCUUCAUACCUUACCUACACCCGUAGUAUGCACUUUGAGGAUAAACCGGACUACAGUUAUUUGAAACGAAAUUUCCGAGAGCUUUUUGUGCGUGAGGGGUAUCAUGUGGACUACGUCUUUGACUGGACACUUAAGCGUAUUCAUGAUAGUCUGCAGGAGGGAAAGACCGAACAGCAGGAGAAGACGUCUGAAAAGGCUAAUGCCGAAGAAGCUUCUCGUAAGGUUGCGUAA